CUCGAGUGAGAGAUAGUACUUAAUGGCGAAAGAGACCUCGCAUUGGCUUCAGAGUCAGUUAGAAAUAGACACUUUGCAACGAUUUCUCAAAAGCUGAUUCAAUUGAGUUUCCAAACACCUCGUUAACGUAUCUUAUCCACUUGAUACAUCAACAACAUCAGUCUACCAGUAGCUCAAAUCAUCGAUUCAUCAUGGCAACCUCCCAAAUUACAGAAAGCAAGCUAUUCAAGCCGUUGAAGCUUGGCAACACACAACUAGAGCAUCGCAUUGCCAUGGCACCUUUGACCCGAUACCGAAAUGAUGCAAGCCACGUGGCCAAACCUUUUGUCCCCCGUUAUUACAGCGACAGAGCCUCGACUCCGGGUACUUUGAUUAUCUCCGAAGCCACCGGCACGUCAAUGCCGGAGACAGGAGUGCCACACGGCCCGGCCUUUGUCACAGACGAGCAAGUCGCUGCUUGGGAAAAGGUCAUCGCCGCAGUUCACGAAAAGAAAGGCGUGUGGUUUCAACAAAUUUGGGCACAAGGACGAGCUGCAGACCCAGAGUACCAGAAGCAGCGCGGCUACCGGUUUCGAUCCUCUAGCGCUGUGCCCAUGGAACAGGGCGCAGCCGUCCCGGAAGAAAUGACAGAAGAGGAGAUUCUGCAAGUCAUCCAAGACUUUGCGGACACUGCCAAGAGAGUUGUCGCUGCAGGCGGUGAUGGUGUUGAAAUCCAUGGAGCCCAUGGUUACCUUCUGGACCAGUUCCUCUCAGACUCCGUCAACAAGCGAACUGAUAGAUGGGGAGGCUCCAUUAAAAACCGAGCUCGUCUUCUACUCGAAGUCGUUAAGGCAGUCGUUGAAGUUAUCGGAGCUGAGAAAGUGGCUCUUCGACUCUCUCCGUAUGCAUCUUUCCAAGGCGCAGAGUCAUCUGAUAUCCACGGACAGUACACUUACAUUGUCACGGAACUCAAGAAGAUGAACCUUCCUUUUGCCUAUCUAUCACUCGUUGAGGCUCGAGGCGAUCCUGCCAAGCUUUUGAACACUACGCACGAUCCCAAGAUUGCGCAACAGACCCUCGAUUUCAUCCUUGACAUCUGGGAUAACUUGUCCCCUGUUAUUGUGGCAGGUGGCUAUGGUCCCGAGAGCGCUGCCCAAGCACUUGAAGAGCACUAUGCAAAGUGGGAUAUCAUUGUUGCAUUCGGAAGAAGCUUUAUUGCAAACCCCGACCUUGUUUGGCGCUUCAAGCACGGCGUUCCGCUUACGAAGUACCACCGCUUUUCGUUUUACAUAAGAGGGUCCGAGAUUGGGUACAACGAUUACACAUUUAGUCAGGAGUACAUCGACGCACAGCGCGAAUGGGCUUUGACACAUUUGGCUUCGAACUCGAAGUAGUGCUAGGCUUGUCAUUUUUGGUCUGCUUGUUCCGGGUAGAAAAGCUUCAAGUUUAGAACAAUAUCUUUAGAACGGCAUCUUUUGUAUUCU